UCUCCUCUCGCUAAACCCCCCAAAUCAGAGAGAGAGGUGAGUGAGAGACCUCAGCUCAGUUGGGCUCCUUUCUCUCACUAGAUCUGUCCAACUGGUUUUGUGCCUUUGCCCAAAGUUGCCCCCUGCUGCCUUCCCCGCUUGCUCGCUUGCCUGCGGUGGCAUCCACUUCCUCCCACUCCCUAUGCGUGCUCUGCCUCUGCCUCUGCCUCCAUGUGGUGGUGCUCUAACUAACCGCCACCAGCACCACCGCACACCAAUGCCAAGCUUGGCGUCACUGGAUUCAAGCGCACGGCAUUGCAUUGCCGCCGCUCUUGAUCGAGCCGUGACCGACUAGCCAGCCAGCCAGCACCAAGGGGAGGAAAGAUUUCCUCGAUUUCUGCGGGCUUCAGUUGAUUCCUCUCGAGUGGAGAGCACCCGCCGCCGACAUGUUCAAAUCGGGGAGGUGGCGCGGCGGCGGCAAGGCCAAGGCCAUGUUCAAGCUGCAGUUCCACGCCACACAGGUGCCGGAGCCUGGGUGGGAGUCGAUGAUGGUGGUGGUGACGCCGCAGGACAUCGGCCGGCCGACGGCGCGGACGGACGGCGCGGAGGUCGCCGACGGCGCCUGCCGCUGGGCCGCCCCGAUCUUCGAGGCCACCAAGCUCCCCGCCGGCAAGGACAAGAUCUACCAUUUCCUCGUCUACGAGACCGGGUCGACCAAGGCGGCGCUGCUGGGGGAGGCGACGGCGAACCUGGCCGAGUACGCGGACGCCUUGAAGCCGUCGGCGGUGACGCUCCCCCUCAAGGGCAGCCCCGCCCCCGGCGCCCUGCUGCACGUGACCAUCCAGCGGGUGGUGGGUGGUGGCGCCGGUGGGUGCGGCGACGACGUGAGUGAGAACGGCGACACAGCAAAGUCCUCGCCGCGGAGGACGCUGCAGGGCCAGCUGAGCCGGUGCGAGGACGAGGACGGCGAGAAGGCCAGGUCGCUUGCCGCCGACUCGAUGAGCCCUGUGCAUGAUGGAUUGGUGAUCAGCAAACCGCCAGGGAUGAGGUUUCCGUUGAGAAGAAAUAUGCCGAUGUCUGUUGAGCCGGCUGGCCACCUCCAUAAUGCCAAUAGCUUUGAUGCUGUUUCGGUGUCGGGUUCAGAUGGGAGCUCAGGAAGAUUCACUCCCAAAACCAGUGCAAACAUGCAUAGCACAUUUCAUCAUGACGCCACCAACGUGCUCUCGCCGUUUGCUAACAAUGGCACCCAGAGAAACCCAUUGAGCUCUGGUGACUGGUCGGGAAGCUCAGCUCCUGAUGCUAGCACAGACGGGUCGACGAGUAACUCCGGUGAGACGGGGUUGAGAGGUGCCGAGGAUGAUGUGGAGAAGCUAAGAAGCGAGAUAGGCACUCUGACACGGAAAAUGGAUGUCUCAGACAUGGAGUUGCAGACGCUCAGAAAGCAAAUUGUGAAAGAGAGUAGGCGAGGGCAAGAUCUUUCCAAGGAAAUGAAUAGCUUGAGGGAGGAAAGGGAUGCACUCCGAAGAGAAUGUGAAGGACUUAGAGGCACAAAGAAGACGAUCCAUGAUGCAAAUGGAUCAGGUAAACGGUUGUCAGUUGGGGAAGAUCCCUGGUCUCAGAUUGAGGAGCUGAAGCAAGAGCUGGGCCACGAGAAGAAUUUAAAUGCAGAUCUGCGCAUACAGCUGCAGAAAAUGCAGGAGUCCAAUUCUGAGCUGCUUUUGGCCGUAAAGGAUCUUGAUGAGCUGCUAGAGCAAAAGGAUAGAGACAUUUCCGUUUUCCAACAAGAAACAGUAGAUGAUCCUCAGGAGGCACAAUAUGAGCAUGCACUUUCAAAUGUGCACAGUGGUGGACACAAGAUGGACAUGUCUGAAACAAGCUCGUACCAGGAGAAAGAAGACGAGCUUAUGCUGGAUGCAUUGGUGAAGAAGAGCGAUGGCAUCGCUAGUUCUGAACUACAAGAGAAGAUUAUUGAACUGAGCGAUGAAAUUGAGUUGUACAAGAAAGACCGUGAGGAUCUUGAGAUGCAAAUGGAGCAGCUUGCACUUGAUUAUGAGAUUCUGAAGCAAGAGAACCAUGACAUCUCUUCGAGGCUGGAACAAACACAACUGAGGGAGCAGCUAAGAAUGCAGUAUGAGUGUUCAGCUCAUUUGUCUAUUAUAACUGAUCUUGAGACCAAUGUCGAGAAUCUGGAGAAUGAACUCCAGACGCAAUCUGAAAGAUUAGAGGCUGAUAUAGCAGAAGUACUGUCUGCAAAGGUUGAGCAAGAACAGAGGGCCAUAAAGGCCGAGGAGGCUCUGAGGAAGGCACGGUGGAACAAUGCUACUACUGCUGAACGACUUCAGGAGGAAUUCAAGAGUUUAUCUUCGCAGGUAUCUUCUGCUUUCAGUGCAAAUGAACGGCUGCUUGUGCAAGCAAGAAAAGAGGCCGCAGAACUACAGUUGCAGAAGAGCCAGUUGGAAGAAUUACUACAAAAGGCCCAAGAAGAUACCGUAUCGGUCCAAGAACAAAACCGGAUGAAGAUUCAACAGUUACUUACCCUAGUGGAUUUCAAGUCGAAGGAGAUAGAUAGGCUAGUGAUGGAGCUCAAGAGCAAGAGCGACGAGUUCCAGAACCAGAAGAGAAGUGAUGAGGAAAAGUUAGAUGCUCUAUCAGAAGAAAUUGAGCAGCUAAAAGUCAAGAUUGAGAAGCUGUCAAAUGAGAGAGACAAACUCAUGGAAAACAAUCAACAGAAAGACAUGGAAUUAGCUGCAAGUGGUGAAAAAGACAUGGCCUUGGAAGACAAAACUGCUGAAAUUAUUUUGCUCAAUGAGGAGCUUGCAUUGCUCAAGGGCCAUGUGCAGACAUAUUUGAGUGAGCUAAACACUCUAAAGCGCUCCAGGAAUGAAAAAGAUGAGGCCAUAGGGAAGCUACAAAUAAAUAUUGGAUCGUUGAAGCUCCAACAUGAAAACAUAAAAAAAAUGCUGUCCACAAAGGAGUCUGAGAAAAGCAACCUUGCCUCUCAGGUGCUGAAGCUGAGAAGAGCCCUUGAAAGCAGGGAAGAUGCCAAGGAAAAUGGUAUCACUUCAGAAACAACGGAAGAUCAGCAUACUAAUUCGAAGCGCACCAAGCAUAAUAUUGUCAGCACUGGGAACACCGAUGCAACGCCAAUUGUUGACAUGCACAGCAAUGGGCACGACGCGAGGGGUGCUGGAGCUCAUGCUGACCAGUCUGCAAAGGAGCUGGACUCUCUGAAGGAGAUGAACAAGGCGAUGCAGGAAGAACUGAACGAACUGCAUGAACGGUACUCAGAGAUAAGCCUCAAGUUCGCUGAGGUGGAAGGCGAGAGACAGCAGCUUGUGAUGACUGUGCGGACACUGAAGAACGCGCUGAGGUGAUGCAUGGCUUCUGCUUAGUGCUCACUCACCCACAUGUAGCUUCAGGAUUAGGUGAUGAUACCCACCCGCAAAGUGGGUUUUGUACAGGCGAGCAGCUGGAUGGUGAGCUGUGUGGGAACAUCAUCCAGGCGCUUGCAGAGGCCAGCAUUGCACCCAGGUAGCUGGGUCUCGUGGCCUAUCACAAUACACAGCAUGUAGAUCCAUUCCCCACACAAUAAUAGUUCUGUGUUUUUCUCUUCAGCAUUGGUGUGUGCAGGAUGUAACAAGUGUUGUACCCCUAGAGGGACUGUAGUGUUAUGACUUGUGAGUGUGUUGUAUAAUUCUCCUGAUGUUUGGUUGUACUCUGAAGAAAGAAAAAAAAGUAAGAGAUAGAAAAAAUGGUUUAACAA